AUGAACAUUUGUUGGAUAACUAUGACUUCAAGUGAGUGCAUAUCUUCCAAUUUAGUGAUUUCAAAAUGUUCUUUUCAGUUAUACCUACAAAUUCGACGAAUGUUCUGAAUCUUUGGCAGCUGCAGCUGCUAUUGAUCUUUAUUCCCGAAAAUAAUGUUGAUGUUAUCAUUGGCCCAACUUGUAAUCAAGCUGGUCUCGCAGUUGCAACACUUGCAACGUAUUAUAAGAAACCAGUAUUUCAAUGGGGACUAACUACUUCUGCUGAAAUUUCAAACCAAAUUCGUUUCCCAACAACUGUCACAUUAUCAAUUGACACUUAUAGCAUUGCUUUAGCUGUGAGAAAUGUAUUAGAAAGGUUUGAUUGGGAUCAAUUUGUUUUUGUCUAUUCAAAUGAUGGAGAUUCGGAAAAAUGUAGUUCAAUGAAAGAUGAUAUGGAAACAAUGUCCUCGGAAUCCGAAGAAUUAACUUUAUCAUAUAUUUAUCAAAUACAAACAGUAUCAAUGGCUUCUUUAGAAACUGCAUUGACUGCUAUCGCAAAGAAAGGAAGAAGUAGGUUCUAAGAAGCUAAUUCUAUUUUUUUAAACAAAACAAUUGCAGUCGUGGUGGCAUGUUUUGCCAAUGGUCUUGGUUUUCGAAAAGCAUUUGUAGCUGCAACAGUCGCUGCAGGCGUGGCAACAAAUGAAUUUGUUUAUAUUUUUCGCUGAACCAAAAUCAAGAGGAUUCUGUAGGUAAACCUUAUGUGUUGAUAAUUAUAACAAAUUUUAAAGAUGUCGAUGAAGCUGAUGGCGGAGAACAUUUUACAUGGGAAGAUACAUCCAAUAAAUUUUCUCUCGGUAUGACUGAUCAAGAAAUACAAAUUGCGUUUUCACGUGUUUUGUAUAUCACAGAUGUAAGAUAAUUCUAGUCAUAUUGAAAAAUUAACACUUUUCUCAUGAUAUCACAGUAUUAUUCAUUUUAGAACAUGGGAUUGCCACAAACAAAAACAGAACAUUUCUCUAAUUUUACAAGUCAAGUUAUUUUACGAAUGAAAGAUUUCCCAUUUAAUUGCAUAGAUGACUGCAAAAAUGCAACUUAUCAAAAUGCAGCUACUUAUGCUGGACAACUAUAUGAUGCAUUUUAUACUUAUGCUGUUGCUUUGAAUCGCUCCUUAACUAAAAAUCCACAUGCAAGUGUUAGUAAUGCUUCAACAAUUUUGGAAAGUAUAUCAAUGAGUUAUAUAGGAGUUGGUGGCGGACAAGUUGAUAUUGAUUCAUCUGGAUCACGUCUUGCGAAAGUAACUAUGUUUGCCCUUAAUACCUCAUAUUUACCCUAUACUGCAGCUUCAAUUUUUGUGAAUGGUUCAAAUGUAGUUUAUACACCAUUUUAUGAUAAUGAAAACGAUCUUUGGGCAGGUGGAUCAAAACCAUUAGCUGUUCCAAUCUGUGGAUUUAGUGGAACUAACUGUCCUGCCAAUUUUCUGAGAGAUUAUUUGAUUUAUGUCAUUAUUGUAGUUGUGAUAAUAUUCAUUGCCAUUUGUGCAGCAUGUGGAGGAAUAUUAUAUACUAUUCAGUAAGUUUGAAACAGAAGACAUGAGUCAAAACCAUUUUUACAGUAUGAAACACAUGGAAGCUAAACAUCAAGAUUUGCUAUGGCAAGUAUCUUAUUCAGAAUUACGUCAAGUAGAAGGAAGAUCAAAAGCUGCUGAAAGUAUGCAUUCUUUUGCCAGUGGACCAUCAACUUCAACAAAAUUAACAAUUGAAAGUAGAUCAGAAACAACUCAUUUUAUAUUUUAUUAUUAUAAUCAAGAAGUUGUUGCUGGUAUGAAACAUGAAAUUCGACCAUUUUUUGAUGAAAAACAACGUUCUGAGAUGCGCCAGCUUAGAAAUUUGGACAAUGAUAAUUUAAAUAAAUUUAUUGGUUUUGUAUUAGAUGGUCCCCAACUUAUUUCACUUUGGAGGUUUUGUUCGAGAGGUUCACUUGCAAAUGUUAUUGAAAAAAGUUCAAUGCAAAUGGAUAACUUUUUUAUGUUUUCUUUGAUUCGUGAUAUUACAAACGUGAGUUUUUGAAAUAUUAAAAUUAAUUAAUUAAUUAAUUACUGAAGCAUUAUAGGGUUUAUCAUUCAUUCAUAAUUCAUUUAUUGGAAUACACGGUCAUCUAACUUCUCGAUGUUGUUUAAUUGAUGAUCGAUGGCAAAUUAAAGUAUCGGAUUUCGGAUUAAAUAAUAUGAGAAGUAAAAAAAUAGAAACUAAAAAAGAUUUAUUAUGGACAGCUCCAGAGAUUUUGAGAGAUGAAAAUAUGGAAAAAACACAAGAAUGUGAUAUUUAUAGUUUUGCUUGUUCAGAAAUUAUUAUUAUUUGUUCAGAAAUUAUUACAAAAUCAUCAGCUUAUGAUUUGGAAAAUCGAAGAGAAAAAGCUGAUGUUAUAAUAUAUCAAGUGAAAAAAGGAGGACAUCAACCAAUGAGACCAUCACUUGAAAUGAAUGAAAAUCUUGUUGAAGUUAAUCCAGCUAUGGUAAAUAUAAUACUAAAUAUCUCCAUUAAAAAUGAAUUAUUUUCAGAUUCAUUUGAUACGAGAUUGUUGGACUGAAAGACCAUCUGAACGACCAAAUAUUUCACAAAUAAAAAGUCAUUUAAAUAGUAUGAAUGAUGGAAGAAAAUCAAAUUUAAUGGAUCAUGUUUUUAAUAUGUUAGAAACUUAUGCAUCAACAUUAGAAGAUGAAGUUUCAGAAAGAACAAAAGAAUUAGUAGAAGAAAAGAAAAAAUCAGAUGUAUUAUUAUAUAGAAUGUUACCAAGAACUGUUGCUGAUAAAUUAAAAUUAGGACAAGCUGUUGAACCAGAAACAUUUGAACAAGUUACUGUAUUUUUCUCUGAUGUUGUACAAUUUACAAAACUUGCUUCAAAAUGUACUCCACUUCAAGUUGUAACAUUAUUAAAUGAAUUAUAUUCAAUAUUUGACAAUAUUAUUGAACAACAUGAUGUUUAUAAAGUAAGUGAAAUAUAUUCUGGAAUUGUGAUCCUACAAAUCAGUUAUUAAAUAUUUUGAUUUUAGGUAGAAACAAUUGGUGAUGGAUAUCUUUGUGUUUCUGGUCUUCCACAUAGAAAUGGUAAUGAACAUAUUCGAAAUAUUGCUAGAAUGGCUCUUGGUUUCUUAUCAAGUCUUGAAUUCUUUCGAAUUUCUCAUUUACCAUCUGAACGGAUUAAUCUUCGAAUUGGAAUAAAUUGUGGAAGUGUUGUAGCUGGUGUUGUUGGUUUAACAAUGCCAAGAUAUUGUUUAUUUGGAGAUGCUGUUAAUACUGCAAGUCGAAUGGAAAGUAAUGGAAAACGUGAGUUCAUUUGAUUUUUAUUCGAAUAUUUCAUUCAAAUAUUUUAGCUGGUCAUAUUCAUUGUACAGCAGAAGCUAAUCGAAUGUUGACUGAAGUUGUUGGUGGAUUCAAAACUGAAUCAAGAGGAGAAGUUAUUAUAAAAGGAAAAGGUGUUAUGGAAACAUUUUGGCUGAUUGGUGAAAGUUCGGGUACGAUGUUAAAAACAGCUAUCAAACAAGUAGACCAGGUAAAAAGCAUAACCAAACUGAAUACAAAUUUCGUCACAGGAAUCACAAGCAAGAAGCAUUACACCGCCAAUGAAACCAAAAGAUGAAGGAUUAUAUGAAGAAUUCAAGAAUUCCUCUCAAAAAAACUGA